CUUCCAGGCCAGUGUGCGACUUGCCGGGGCCCGGCGAGAUGCGCGACGAGGACAAAGGCAUGCUCGGUGGCGGCGCCGGGGAUGCGGGCCUGGCGACCGCCGCGGCGCGGGGACAGGUGGAGACGGUGAGGCAGCUCCUGGAAGCCGGUGCGGAUCCCAACGGAGUCAACGGCUUCGGGAGGCGCCCGAUCCAGGUCAUGAUGAUGGGCAGCACCCCUGUGGCCGAGCUGCUGCUGCUCCACGGUGCUGAGCCCAACUGUGCGGACCCAGUCACCCUCACCCGACCCGUGCACGACGCAGCCCGGGAGGGCUUCCUGGACACGCUGGUGGCGCUGCACCGUGCUGGGGCGAGACUGGACGUGCGUGACGCAUGGGGCCGCCUGCCCGUGGACCUGGCUGAGGAGAGGGGCCACCACCAUGUGGCCCGGUACUUGCUCGCCUCCACGGGAGACUGAGGGCCGCUG